UCCAACCCCCUCCCAGAGACGAAUUCUACAAACAGCUGAGAUUCUGGUUUUUCCCUCCUUACCGGGGGGGUUUAGACAAAAAGACACUAAAUUCCCCUGAACCCGUCGAGGUGCUCGUACAGGGAAAUUCCCGGCGGAUCGGAUUUCAGACGCUCUGCGCGUACAAAUAGCUGAGAGCCGGGCAGUGUCAGCGACCUGUACUCAGCUCACCUGCAGAAGAGCACCUCCAGUAGGAGCUGGUUCACAAUGGGCCCCAGAAGGAGGAGCUCCGAGACAGAUGAGCAGAUCAUCAAACAAGGCCGCCUGAUCAAGUCCCCGCCGUCCUACGUCUUCAACAACAAGGCCUCAUGGAAAUGGCGACUAUUGAAACUGUGCAGAACGGCCCUAAACUCCUUCAUCCUGCGCUACUAUGCGUACGAGAGCUUGAACGAGGAAUGGAAGGGGGACAUUCAUAUAAGCGAUGUAAAAUCCAUAGAAGUGGGAAGGAGCACGAUGGAGAGAAUCGCCACCAUCACGCGCCUCUUCAACAACCGCCCCGAGAACAUCCUGUGUAUAAGGACCGACAAACGCGACUUCUAUCUGGUGGACGGCAGCGUGGAAAACAUUGCCGAGUGGCAGAAAUAUCUGACAGACGCCUGGAUGAAGACCCACCAGAAAGUGACAAUUGAAGGACCCACGCGUACGUCUGCAAGUCCGCUGGCAGUCAUUCCGGAUCAGAACCCUCUGCAGGAAGAAGUAACGAGGCCCAAAUCAUAUCCUACCGAUUAUCCGCGCACCGAAACGUUGUUGGUCGAGGAUCCGAACAGGAAGAGAUGCCACACCGAGGGCUGGAAGGGAAAUCGGUCGACCCCCAACAACUACAGAGAAUUUAAGGAUGUAAUCUCGGAAGAGCAGGACAGCAAUACGCUGCCAGUCUAUAGCCAAACUCCAUCAGGCGAGUACCAUCAGCCGCAGGAAGCGAGGAGAUACUCAUCAGCAGCUUCACCACAGGAUGAUCCAGAGAGACGCAGGUUCAGUGACGACAUGGCGGAUCCAGCGUACGGCAGCGAACAGGAGUCCAUUUAUGACACGCCCCGAUCCAUACCCCUGAAAAUGAUUGACUCUCAAGAAUCACAGAAGGAAAUGGAAGCAGAAGAGGAAUCGGGGGAGGAAGAGGAGGAAUCGGGGGAGGAAGAGGAGGAAUCGGGGGAGGAAGAGGAGACCAGUGACCUGGGAUCUGAGGAGGUCGGAGUCUACGAGCAGAUGUCCUCCUUGGUCAUUGACGAGGUCGCUCAUGUGCCUUUGAAGCCGCCGCGAAACUUCAAACCUUCACCAAGAAGCAGGAACUUGAAGAGCAGGAGAAGCCAGCUGAAGAAAGCGCAGAUCCUGAAAAUGAUGUAUGAGCGGAGCAGCGAUUCUGACCUGGUACCGGUCACCGUUAUGGUGCCCACAGAACAUCUGCAGAAGUACCUGGGACUUCAGGAGGUCGGAGAUCGCUUGUGUGUGUCCAAGUGGAAGGGUCCUCUACACAUCGGCUGCUUGUUUCAUCAUGGCGACCACAUCGAGUCCAUUAACGGCUUCCGGUCGGGAAGUAAAGAUUUUUUCUUCCAGAUGUUGAGUCAGUGCAUUUCAGAUGAGGUCAGUCUGGUGCUGAAGAGGAAUAUUAAAGCUGACGUUUUCCACCUGGAAGGUUGUAAUUGUGAAAGUUCAUGAUGACGGCGCCUCCUGCAGGAAGAAAGAUGUUGGAUCCGUAAAUGUUACAGUGGACGGGAAUGAACCGCACGCACAAUACACAUAGUACACGGCUUAUAACCCAUGGGGACCACGAGGAGCAGAUCCACGGCGGCCAUCAUCAGCACAUGGAUGUCACGGUGUAUCCAGCAGCUGAUAAUCAGGGGGCACACCGACGGAUGAAGACACCCAAACUCAUCUGGCAUCCAGUAAUCCGGAAAGUCUAAUAAAGACUGAACACAGCAAAUCAAUGAAGACUGCAGCUGCCUUUCUGCGACCACCUGAUAAUCCAGAAUGAUGCGGAAUUGAAGGAAUUUGUGGCGGCUGUUCAGCAAUAUAAACUAUGAGCAAGCGUGUAUAACUACAACUCCCAUCAUCAGGGUGGGGAACAUUGCUUUAAGAAAACAUAGUAAAAUCCGUCAUUAUUGGAAGUUUAUGGGUGCUGGAUUAUAGGACAGUAACGGAUACAAUUCUGUAUAUCCGUAUCCAGGACGUCUUUGUAAAUUGUUAUCCUUUGUAUAUAAUGUAUUUACUGUAAGUAUCGCAUCAGCCCUGGAAUAAAGCGUAGAGCGCA